AUGCCUGCUUCAGUCCUCACCGUGCCAGACCCGACCCUGCAUUCGGGAGGCUUGGAUCAAGGAGAUAGUGUCAUGGAGAAGAUAUUGAAGGACGCAAAAGUGGUGGCGACGAAUGCGAUAGAAGCGCUCAACAUAGUUGCCGAGGUCGUCGAAGGCGUACCAUACCUCGGCGCGGUUGCCAAGGCAGUGACGGCGUUCAAGGAUAUCCUGGACGUUGUUGAGGAGAAUAAGGAAAGCUAUGCGGCGGUCAAGGAGGACGCAACGACAUUUCUUGGUGAUAUUGAGAAGUUUGAGAUAGUUCUUCGGUCCAGGCCGCAGGGCGAGAGAGAUGAGCUUCGGGAGGUACUUCGCGACAUGUGCUGUGACGUACGGGAUUGGAUCGUGGAUCUCUCAGCUCAAAAGGUCGACUCACGCGGCAUUCGGAGCAGCAUUCGCCGGGUCUUGAUGCGCGACGACGUGAAGGUUUCAGUGAGCCGGUGCCGAGACAAGAUUGGGAGAGCUAAAUCGAAGAUUUCUAUGAUGGUGGAGUUUGACACCAACCGGACAUCACACGACACCAACGGCACAUCCCACGCCACUUAUGAUAUGGCCAGCGCGAUAUAUCAGAAGAUGCUUGAGGUACAGCAGUCUUCUGUGUCUCCUCAUGCUCAAGUUUGGUCGUGUCGCAGCCCACCUAGCGACUUAUUCGGCCGCACAAAAGAAGUCAGCAGAGCCAUCCAACUAAUUGUGAACCAGCAACCUGCCCGUGUUGCUAUCUUGGGCCCUGGAGGUAUCGGGAAGACAUCCAUUGCUUUGACAGUCCUUCAUCACUCCGAUGUAGUGACGCUUUAUGGAGACAAGCGUUGCUUUCUACCAUGCGAGGGCUUGAACACCGCUGGCGAACUCGUUCACGCGCUCGCGGAGGCCACAGGUCUUGAGCUGAAAGGCACAUCAUCAUUUGAUGAUUCUGCUUUGUCUGCUCUGCGAUCUCAUCUGAAGCCUCUUGUUGGGAUCUUAUGUCUCGAUAAUCUGGAGACACCUUGGGAUAACGAGGCUUCCAAAGUCGAGGGCUUACUUAGAGAAAUUGAUUCUCUUCCGGCCAUCGCGCUUAUCAUCACAAGUCGUGUAGCCGAUAAGCCACUCAUCCGGUGGUCGUCUCCUGCCCUAGAACCUAUCGAACCUCUGAAGAGAGACGCUGCUCUUCAGAUUUGGGAUGCCAUUUGCUCAACAGACAAGCACGAUGAUCACGCGGUCGAACUGAUUGAAGCUGUGGCGUGCAUACCUCUGGCAGUGACCCUUCUCGCUCGACUUGCUCAGUACGAACCCACGGAGGUUUUGCUCGCUCGUUGGAGAAAGGAGAACACAGAGGUGGUCGCAUCCCACGGUAUCGGAGAUCAUCUCAAUAGUCUUGAUGUAUCCAUCAAGUUAUCUCUCCAAGCCCUUGACCAACACAGUUUUGAGAUGUUUAGCAUCGUCUGCCUCUUCCCCGCCGGUCUCCAGUGCUCGAGGUUGUCAGCUAUUGAACGAGUAUUGAAUGGCCGUCUUGGGUCAGUUCCUCGUGCCGUGGCGCUUCUCAGGCGCCACUUCUUGGUGCAGACGGCACAAGAUGUUAACGCGAAUGAUGGGUGGCUCGGAGGUCCUACUGGCCAGGGCAUCCGUACUCUUCCUCCCAUUCGCCUCUAUGUCGAACGAUCAUCCUGCAACAUCUCGUUCAAAACUUCUAUUCUCUUAUGGUCCAUCAGACGGCAGUUAGGCUACGGCCAUAGGGACAUAUUGUUCGACUUGGUGUGGAACAUGGGAGCGCGGCGUAUGUCUCGCGCAAGCGCGAAGAUCAUACAAUACGUGGCGUUGGCUUCGACUCACGCCAUCUGGUACAUAGUGGCACAAAAGAUGGUCACGUUAACUUUAGCAGCCUGCAUAUGCAGACAAUCACACCUCGCCAGCAUUCAUCUUGGGCUAUUCCUACUCUAUUCAAUCGCAUGGGAUGCAGCAUGGGGGGUGCUGGUACAAGUCAUUCUAUAUUUCUGGUCAAUGAUGCCCAGCCAUGUCGCCGGGGCUACCUGGAUUCUGCUCUCGGCGCUUUCGAUCGGGGUCCGUGGGGCGUCUUUGAUGAAAUGCUUGGACCUACCCCUCACGUUCAUGAACAUGAUCCUGUUGGUGGUACUAGCCGCUCUUAUGGGGGUUUGGGAAUACUUCAUGGCGUUCGCAGAUGUACAAGCUCUUCAGCGAGUCAUCACGGUGAUGAUCUUGAAGCGGGUCGUUCCUUCCGAGGGCUGA